UUGUGCUGGGAAGUACCUGAGGGUUUGGGGUCUUGGGCACUGAGCUAAGGGAGUCUGUAUUUCAUCUCAAAAGCUGUGUGAAGGCUGGAGCAUUUGUAGCAGGUGAAUGCUGCGAUCAUAUUGCACUUCAGAAAGAGCUCCAUGGCCAUAAGGUGGGCUAGGUAACAAGCAGGGCAGGGAACAAGGUGAGCUGGGAGGCUAGUACCAGAGUGCAGAAAUCCUGGCAGGACUGGGUGGUGGAGAGAGGAGAGGCCUGCAGAUAUUGACCCCACUUCCUGUUCAUCUCCUGGGGUGGUCCCCUAGGAGAGGGAGUGCACUUUGACUGUUAUGGGUCAUGGCACCUUUCAUUGAGGUAAGCAGUUGUGGGAACCUCAGUUUGGAGAGAGAUGGCAAGGAGUAAUGAGUUCAGUUGAAUCCAAAACUGAACUACAGGCCUUCCAAGAAGAGAUGUCCAGCAAAAAGUUGGAUUUAGAGGCAGGAGGUGAGGUCUGGAGCUAGAGAUGAUAGAGGGAGUUCUUUUUACGGUAGUAGCAAGUGUUUGUAGGGAGGCCUCCCUCUCUUGCUUGGCGUGUCGAGGUUUACUAACUGAUGCUAGGUGCAAGAGUAAUUUGUGUCCUUGUAAGUGAAAUUUUCUCUUUCAUCCCUUUACCAGGCCUGACUGGCUCGAUUGUCCGUCAAGCCCUUGACUUUAGCCUCAAAUGACCAGGCUUGUACUGGUGUUAUUUUGCAGACUUGGUGAGUUGGGAAGCAGACUCUUGAGUUGACAGCUGGCCUAUGGUUUCUGCAUUUUGUUAAGAAGCACCUCAUGCAAGUGAGGGACCUGGGACUGCUCACAGCCAGGUGGCAUUUUUCUGAGGUUAUUCAUUAAGACUUCCCAGCAUUCCUACAGAUAUAAAUAGGUGAGGCCGCAGGCGGUGCUCUGGGUCCGGGAGCGCUGUCCCCAGCAUGAACGCGGCCGGCGGCGGGAGCGAAUGACUGCAGCUGCGACUUCCUUCCCGGGCCGCCCGAGCCUCCUUCCCCACCGACUUUCUUGUUUUGAUUAACUCCGUGGACUCCUGACUCUUUCUUCGCCUGGAACAUCAAUAUGUGUCAUGUCAUUGUCACCUGUCGCUCGAUGCUCUGGACCUUGCUGAGUAUUGUGGUGGCUUUUGCCGAGCUCAUUGCCUUCAUGAGCGCAGACUGGCUGAUCGGGAAAGCGAGGAGCCGCGGCGGCGUGGAGCCGGCGAGCCCGGGCGGGGGCUCCCCAGAACCCUACCACCCCACCCUGGGCAUCUACGCCCGCUGCAUCCGGAACCCAGGGGUGCAGCACUUCCAGCGGGACACGCUGUGUGGGCCCUACGCCGAGAGCUUCGGCGAGAUCGCCAGCGGCUUCUGGCAGGCCACAGCUAUUUUCCUGGCUGUGGGAAUCUUUAUUCUCUGCAUGGUGGCCUUGGUGUCCGUCUUCACCAUGUGUGUACAGAGCAUCAUGAAGAAAAGCAUCUUCAACGUCUGUGGGCUGUUGCAAGGAAUUGCAGGUCUAUUUCUUAUCCUCGGUUUGAUACUCUACCCUGCUGGCUGGGGUUGCCAGAAGGCCGUAGACUACUGUGGACAUUAUGCAUCUGCCUACAAACCUGGAGACUGCUCCUUGGGCUGGGCCUUUUAUACCGCCAUCGGGGGCACAGUCCUCACUUUCAUCUGUGCUGUCUUCUCCGCACAAGCAGAAAUUGCAACCUCUAGUGACAAAGUACAGGAAGAAAUUGAAGAGGGGAAAAACCUGAUAUGCCUCCUUUAGUUUGGAAGAGACAACGCCAUUUUCUCCCUUGAGUAAUCUUGUGAAACAGUCCACAGUUUCAUCAUUUGAGUCAAGUGGAGAACUAACCUUUACCUACCAAAGCCACGUUCCACGGCCCGAGGCUUAAACAGGACCAAUGAGAGGCCACAUCCAGCUACGCAAAGUUACUGGACAUGCGGUCUGCAGUGCACAUGAUAAGGAAUGGAACAUGAAAAUAGUAUAUAAUCCCUGACCUGGAAUUGCCAAUUUCUGUCAGACUCCAUCUCCCCCAGGUUCAAUGAAGGAUAAUCUAAAUCAUUAGGGCAGCAGUUUCUCUGGUAACGGAAGAGACCGUCUGCCAGAUUUGCAGGCUGUUUGUGCUCCAACACUGCUCGUUUGUGAGCAUCUCUGCCUCAGAAUGGGGUUUUGGGUUGGAGUUUUUGUUUUCCUCUGUUCUUUCAAGGUGUCCCCAACGAACAGAAAACUAUAAACUUACUGGGGACAGGAUGUGUGCUAAAGGGCACAGCAAGACACUGUCUUUUGCUUAGCUGACCAAAGGGGUCAGCAGGGAUGGUGUGGAGUCAUGCUGUGGAACUUAUUCUAGGCUGAAUCCUAGGGUAAGGUGGAUCAACUGAACUGUCACUCCAGAGAUUUCAGAAAUUUGAGUAAAGAAACAAUAAGGACCUAUACAAUCAUAUGAGAACAAAAUAUGAAAUCUUGCUAGUGAAGACGUAUUUUUUCCUCUUCCCAGCAGCCAGGCUAGCACCAGUUCUGGCCCAGUCUCUUUUCUUCUAAGGUUAGGAUUGUGCUUUGACUGCCAAAGGAAACCUCACUCUGUUUCCUCCUUCCAGGGUCUGAGGUCUCCAAGCUUAGCUGUGGCUCAUUCAGAUGUUCACUGGGAGGACCUGCCAGAAUCUCGGCACUUGAGGGGAGACCUUUCCUCCCUGUUUGGUGACCAUGCUGUAGUCAGCUCUAUUUCCAAUCCCGACAGUAGCAGAAUGGCAUUCUACAACAAAAAGAAGCUAGUUAUGGGAGUUAAGUUUUUGUAGUUACUGUUGUUGAUCCUGAAAGCAGACUGAGAUAACAUUAAAUUGCUGCAACUGAAGAACUGCAGCCAAGACCUUAAUUCCAGGAAAGCACAGAGGACAAAGUUAAUUCAAAAAGAAAGAGGAGCUAGAUCAAGGUCACAGCACUGCCUACAUCUGUUUACAAAAAGAAUCAAAUACCACUAUGAAUAAGGAUUCAGGGGCUUUUAAUCUACUUUCCAUAAAUUACCAAUAUCACUGAUUCAGGAAGAUAGUAUCUCAGAAUGACCACAGCAGCACAGAAACAAGCUACUCUGACAUGGGAGCUUCAAAAUUGUAUCAUGAUACAGAAACACUCCUUAGCACUUUAAGAAAGUGAGAUGGAACUGCCAGAUUUCUGGAAGGAGAAAAAGUGUAGGUAUUUGGGUUCAUUAAUCUGCUCACUUGACUGUUUUGAAAAAGUACCUUCUGUGGACAAGGUAUUGUGUGUUGUGCUACCAGCUAUACAACCCUGAUUUCAGAUUUUGCAACCUUGCCCCGAGUGAGUCAUGUUAAAGCUGUCUGAGUCUAAAGCACCAUAUCUUGGUGCAGAACAGAUAAUUAUACAGAGAUGGAAUGGGACAACCAAAGUUUUACUACAUUCUGAUGUUUGGCCUAUAUAAGAAACCAUCUUCUCUCACAGAUUAAGGGCUAAGGGCAAAAGGGGUGGGAGAUGUGGAACUAGGUCUUAAUGAGUUUCCCAUUCUUGAACCAAAAUUCGAAGUCAGUGAGAUGUAAAUCCUGUGAUUUUGGUGAAGAAAAAAACGGGUAUCUUCAUAGCAGCCUAGGAAACCUUAACCAUAUCUCUACCACCACAGAGAAAGAGGCUGGAGGAGCCACUGGACAAAGCUCCUGUCUCUCUGUGUACAUUUAUAAUGUUCUAACCAAGUCUCUCUCAAACCUUGGCAAUAAUUUUCAUUAAAAGCAAUCCCAUUCAUCAGACAAAUCUUGAAGAAAAACACAAAAUUUUUCCAUAAACUUAUCAGAAGACUUUUUUUUUUUCUUUUUUUU